UGGAGGAGAUCGGUGUGUCCCGUGCGGUCUACCGUGGAAUCGAGUGCACGCCGCGGCGACUUGUGGCUCCCGAGUUCCGGUGCGUUCCCUGGCGUCCCAGAGUGCGCGUCACGACACGGCAGGCGAGGACAUCGUCCCGGCCGAUCCUGGCGAACCGGUUAGUCCGCGCGAGGCGAUGCGUCGCCGUUGAGCUGCCGCGAGCGGAUCGAGGUACGAGGAACGAAGAUUUCGUCGCCGGGCCCGGCGCAUCGCCCGCGAAAUGCGCCCUCUCUCGGUCGUCGCAGUUCUGUUCGCCCUGUCGACGGCCAGCCACGAGUCGGGCCAGGUGACGAGCACCCUCGAGUACAGGGAGGCUCCUCGAGAGGCCUACUUCAACGGCUCGGCCUUCCUGAGGCUUUCGUCGACGGUCUCGGUGCACCAGCACACCGGCCUCAGCUUCCGCACCUGCGACGGGGGCCGACUCUUCCUGCAGAAGUUCGACGAGGACUGGAUAAGCCUCGAAGUCACCCCGGAAGGCCUGCUCUUCUUGGCCGUGGUCGAGCAACAGCGAUACGAGGUCAAACUCAAUGGCCGGUUCCUCGACGAUGCCUGGCAUAACGUCAACCUCCAGUACAGGCUCGGAAAUCUCACCCUCGGUGCUGCUGGACACACCCAGGUGAUCGCCAACUCCACCUACAAUUCGGCCAUUCUCCUGCUGCCGGAUUACGAGGUGAACGGAUCCCUAGUCGUCGGAGAGGGCUUCAAGGGGUGCAUCCUCCAGGGGCCGGGGAUCCUCUUCAACGACUCCGUCAACUUCGGGGCCAUUUUCGGAUCCUGCCCUGGGGACUCCAGAGGAUGUGGCCCCAACAGCAUCGGGGGCGGCUUGGCUGCCGUAACCGCAGUCUCCAUGGACCACUGUAAUCAUGAACCAUGCAUGAUGCAUGGGAAGUGUGUGUCGAGACAGGGCAGAUACGAGUGCCACUGUUACGCCCGAUAUUCCGGCAACAACUGCGAGGUCGACGAUGGUCCACCCUGUAACAGCAGCCCCUGCAAGAAUGGCGGGACCUGCUCGGAGGACUCGCGGGGUGACUACACCUGUAUCUGCCAACCUGGGUUCACGGGGAGUCGGUGCGAGUCGCAGAUCGGUGCUCGUCUUUGCGAGCAAAACCCCUGUAAAAACGAGGGGGUGUGCACCGCCCUGUCCGAAAGCGACUACAGGUGUGACUGUGCUCUUGGUUGGACGGGGAAGAAUUGCGAGGUCAACGUGAACGAGUGCUCCUCGAGCCCCUGCAGGAAUGGCGGCCUCUGCAUCGACGGGAUCAACAAUUACACUUGCAGAUGCGACAGAACCGGCUAUCGAGGGGUGAACUGCGACAUGAACAUCGACGAGUGCCUGGACAACCCCUGCCUGAACAACGGGGAGUGCUUCGACAACUAUGGAGGCUACAUAUGUCGCUGUCCGAAGGGCUUCGACGGCCAGAAUUGCGAGCUGAACCUGAACGAGUGCCUCUCGAGUCCCUGCGUCCACGGUGGAACCUGCGUGGACGAUGUCGGCUCUUAUCACUGCCUCUGCCCGUCAGGGUUCGGCGGGUUCCACUGCGAGUCAAGGAACCUCUGCGAGCACGCCGCCUGUCCGUCCAACAGCAUUUGCGUUGAGGACGCCCACGGGCCCCAGUGUGUCUGCAAGCCCGGAUUCAUGGGCAAUCCUCCGAAUUGCACCAUCAACUACUGCGCCAGCAAUCCCUGCACCAACGGCGGCAGCUGCACCAGCGGAAAGGACGGCUACAACUGCACCUGCCCGCCGGAGUGGAAAGGGCCGACGUGCUCCUCUCUUGCUUCUGACUGGUGCACGACGUGUUUCAACGGAGGUACUUGCAUCGAAACCAUCUACGGCGUAAAGUGUAAGUGCCCCAGGUUCUGGACAGGUCCCCAAUGCAAGGAUCCACUAACCUGCAGGGAAGGUCCCUGUAAACAGCCUUCAACCUGCCACGAUUACCCUGGCGGAUAUUUCUGCGAUUGCGAGCCUGGAUGGACAGGACUCGAAUGCUCCAUCGACGUUGACGAGUGCUCGAGUGAUCCUUGCCGGAACGGCGGAAUUUGCAUCGAUCAGCUGAACGGAUAUUAUUGUCAGUGCCCUGCAGGAUUCACCGGGAAGAACUGCCAAAUCAAUGCGGAUGAGUGCAUCUCUCAGCCCUGCCUGAAUGGAGGCACCUGCAUCGAUAGGGUCAACGGAUACAGCUGCAACUGUACCAGGGAUUAUAUGGGAGAUAAUUGCGAAAGGGAGUUCGACGCUUGUGCGGUUAACCCCUGCAUGAAUAAUGGCAGCUGCAUCCUCGCUCCUAGAUCCAGGCGAGAGUUCGUCUGCAAGUGCCCCGUAGGCUUCGAAGGAAAAUUCUGCGACGUUAACACGGACGACUGCCUGGAUGUCAUCUGCCCUGAAGACAGGAUAUGCGUCGACCAAGUAGAUGGCUACGAGUGCAAGUGCCAAGAAGGUUACAGGGGCCCAAAUUGCACGCUGAUCGUUGAUCACUGCGCCAGCAAGCCCUGUAAUAAUGGAACCUGCGUUGAUCUUGGGGAUGGCUUCAGAUGCGAUUGCAAGGAAGGAUUUAAAGGCCCAGCCUGUGACAAAGACGUAAACGAGUGUAAGAUCAUGGGCAACGCGCUCUGCAUCAACGGUAUUUGCAUCAACACCGAGGGCAGCUACGACUGCUUCUGCCGUCCAGGAUUUUCCGGGGACCACUGCGACAUCGACAUCGACGAGUGCCUCUGCGGACCUUGCAAGAACAAUGCGACGUGCAUCGACAAGAUCAACACCUACGAGUGUCGUUGCCCGCCCGGAUAUUCCGGGAAGACUUGCGACGUGGACAUAGACGAAUGUCAAAGCGAUCCCUGCCUGAACGGGGCAACCUGCGUCGACGAGGUCGCCGCCUACACCUGCGUGUGUUCUCUAGGUUUCACCGGGUACAACUGCGAGACCAAUAUCGACGACUGCGAGUCCGGGCCUUGCCUGAACUACGGCAAAUGCACUGACGGCAUCAACGACUAUGCCUGCAACUGCACCGACACCGGCUUCGAGGGCUUCCGCUGUGAGAUCAAUAUCGACGACUGCAUCCCGAAUCCCUGCGUGAACGGGGCGAAUUGUGUCGACGACGUCAAGAAUUAUAAGUGUCAAUGCUACCCCGGCUAUACUGGGCGCAAUUGUGACAUUGACGUGAACGAGUGCGAGAGCUCGCCCUGUCAGUUUAAUGGAACCUGCCUCGAGAGGUCUAAUAUAGAGCUCUACAAGAGCGACGCUCUCAACUUGCCGGCCAUAUUUACGCAGGAAUUCAGUUACGCCAAUGCCAGCGGGUACGAGUGCCUCUGCGUUCAAGGAGUGACUGGGAAAAACUGCGAAGUGAAUGUAAACGAGUGUGAGAGCAAUCCCUGUCAGGCUGGCACGUGCAUGGACAGAAUCGGCGGCUACACGUGCGAGUGCGACGAGGGAUACGAGGGUGAUCUCUGUCAGCAUGAAAUCGACGAGUGCAAGAGAUAUUCUCCGUGCAAGCAUGGCGACUGUACCGACGGGAGGGCUGAUUACUUCUGUAAUUGCGAUCCGGGGUACGGAGGGAAAAACUGUUCCGUCGCUUUGACGGGCUGUCAAGGUAAUGCCUGUCAGAAUGGCGGCAUCUGUUGGCCCUAUCUCGUCGACGAGACGGAGCACAAAUUCAACUGCACUUGUCCAAACGGAUAUCACGGGGAGGUUUGCGACCAUGUAACUACCAUGUCUCUCAGUGGCAUCAACUCGUACAUCAUGGUGAACACGACCAGAGACGAGGGAUACGACAUCCAAUUCCGAUUCCGUACAACCCUUCCGAGCGGUUUGCUGGCCAUGGGAAAGGGAUCAACGUUUUACAUUCUCGAGCUAGUGAACGGGAGGCUUAAUUUGCGCUCCAGUCUCCUUAAUAAGUGGGAAGGCGUUUUCAUCGGGGGUGGUUUAAACGACUCUCAUUGGCAGAAAGUUUUCGUUGCGAUCAAUGCCACCCACGUGGUGCUCUCGGCUAAUGAGGAGCAAACCAUCUAUCCGAUCAAUUUAACCGAGGGAUCCAACAGUACCUUUACGUCAUUCCCGACCUCCUUCGUCGGCGGCACGAUGACCAAUCUACGUAAACUGAUUCACGGGCCUCGUUUUUUCGUCGGUUGCACCGAGGACGUCGUAAUCAAUGGCGAAUGGGUGUAUUCCGGAACCACCUCGAGGACGGUGCUGAUGGAAAACGUGGAGACUGGAUGUCCUCGCGAGGAACAGUGUUCUCCCAAUCCUUGUAAAAACGGAGGACACUGUACGGACAAGUGGAGCGACUUUUCCUGCGAGUGUGAACGUCCUUUCCUCGGAUACACGUGCCAGUAUAACAUGACAGCGGCGACUUUUGGCUACGAGAACAUAACAAACGGAUACGUGACCAUCAGGGUAUCUGACAUGGCGAGACGCGCUAUCAGGUCCAUAGUGGACAUCUCGAUGUUCAUUCGCACUCGAGAAGACCGCGGCGAUAUCUUCUACCUCGGUUCGGAUCCGAGUCCACAGCUCGAUGGCAAGCCACAAGACAGAACGUACAUUGCCGCACAACUAGAAGGCGGUGAACUCCUGUUGAGACUUCAGUUUAACAGCACGGAAGCCUAUACAGUCGGCGGUGUUAAGCUGAACGACGGGAACAGUCACCUGAUUCAGGUGGUUAGGAACGUGACCCUGGUACAGGUAAAGAUCAACGGUACGGAGUACUUCAGAAAGACAUUGAGCACCACCGGUCAGUUAAACGUAACAGUGCUGUACCUUGGAGGUAUGCCCCAGGCAUCGCGGUACAUCCGUCAGAUCGAUAGUAGACAAAUGGAGGUUCAAGCGAUGCCGCAGGUUAAUUUCAAAGGCAUCAUACAGGACGUUCAGAUCUCGAACGGUAACGAAACCAUGGUCGUCGAAUUUUUCCCCUUAUUGGCUAGAGACAUCAAACCGCUGGAGUUCGGGACAGUCUCCUUCGAUCACGACAAAGUCCUCCCUGGGGUCGUUUCGGAUGAUGUCUGCGUGAGCAGUCCUUGCGAGCACAACGGUACGUGCCACGUAACGUGGAACGACUAUUGGUGCCAGUGUCCCAGAGGAUACACCGGGAAAAUGUGCCAGGAGAUGGAAUUCUGUCAGCUGCAGGACUGCCCGGCCGGCUCCAAAUGUCAAAACCUCGAUGACGGAUACGAGUGCGUUGCCAACGCGACCUUCGAUGGAAUUGGCACCUCCUUCAUCUACAAGUAUUAUCAAGUGGACGAGAAAAAUGUGACCGACACCAACAUCGAUACCAUUCACAUCUCGUACCGUUCGAACACUGGCGGCACUCUGAUGCACAUGGCAUCCCUAGACAAGGACCAACACUUUACAGUGUCCGUUUACAAAGACGUAGUGACCGUCUCGUGGAAACUCAAUCGUCAGACUUAUGGAACCCUGACCUUCGGCAAGCCCGAACCGGAUGGCAACUGGACCAACAUCGCCAUUAGACUGAACAACGACUCCAUGGAAUGCAGUUAUGAAAAUUCCAACGAGGAAACCUUGCCAAGCUCGAGUCCGAAUUUCAGCUUCCCCUUGUGGUACAAUCUUUUGCUUUCCGGAACGGUGACUUUGGGAGGCCUUGGAGGAGUUUUGUCGGAGAGGCAUAGUUACGUGACUCUGGAAGCUAAUAGACGCAUUCACGAUCCCAGAAAUGGUAUCGACGGAAAUUCAGUGGACUUUUUGGAUAGGACCCUGACGACUGCCUUGCCUCCACGCAGCAUGAUUUCUGGUGAACCCUUCAAAGGAUGUUUAGGUGAAGUGCGAAUCGGCUGCAUGCUGCUGCAUUAUUUCUCAUAUAACGAAGUGUACCAAAACGCGAAUUUUACUCCCAUGGAGUUUAUGGAGCUGAGGAACAACUUCACCGAAUAUGAUAACAUUGGUUGCCGACUGUGCUUCGACGAGGACUGCAAAAACGAGGGUUUCUGUAUGGAUAAGAAUACCAGCUACGUGUGCCAGUGCUCUGCUGGAUACGCCGAAGACGAUUGUUCCGUCGACAUUGACGAAUGCGUUGAUAAUAAAUGCCAGAAUGGAGCCUUGUGCAUCGACGGAAUCGCUAACUACACCUGCGCGUGCCCUUACGGAUGGCAAGGAUGGCUGUGCGACGAGGAUAUCAAUGAGUGCGUUAUGUCAACUCCUUGUCAGCACGACGGCGUUUGCGAGAAUCUACCAGGUUAUUUCCGCUGCGAGUGUCCGGAUCAGUUCACUGGGGACUUGUGUGAGAAAUUCCGAUUGAUCACAUGUGAGAACCAUCCUUGCAACAACGGCUCCACCUGCGUCGACGUGGUAAACCUUCAGACCGGGAACAAUUUCACCUGCAAGUGCAUGCCUGGAUACGAAGGUCCCCUCUGCAACGAACCGUACUGUUUGAAACAAAAAUGUCAGAACGGGGGGAAAUGCGAGUUUCAUUAUCAGGCUCCACAGUGCACCUGUUUACCAGGGUACACAGGAUUGUUCUGCGAGACGAACAUCGAUGACUGUGCGCUCGAUCUAGAAGGGAAUGCACCCUGCAAAAACAAUGGGAAAUGUUACGACGGGAUUAAUAAUUUCACCUGUGACUGCCAAAGAACUGGAUACACCGGGUCAGAUUGUUCUAUCGACGUGAACGAGUGUUUAGAUCCGGGGGUGGAUUGUGGGUUUGGACGUUGUCAGAAUUUGCCGGGCACUUAUCACUGCAAUUGUAAACCUGGGUACUGCGGGUACAACUGCAAAACCGAAGAUCCUUGUAGAGAGGACUCAUGCAAGAAUGGAGGCACGUGUGAGUGUUCGGAGGAUACCGGGUACACGUGUCACUGUACGUCCUACUACACAGGGCAGAAUUGUACAGAGUCUGAGCAUUUCCUGGGGAGCCCUGCGCUGGACAUUGCCGUGAUAGUUGGUCCAAUUGUGGGCUGCUUGUUCCUCAUAGCAGCUGGAUCUCUGAUAGCUCUUUUCAUGAUGGCGAGAAAGAAGCGAGCCACUCGAGGCACGUACAGCCCUAGUGCCCAGGAAUUCAGCAACCCCAGGGUGGAGAUGGACAACGUGAUGAAGCCUCCUCCCGAGGAAAGAUUGAUCUGAACGGGAGAAGGAGGGGAUGUGGUCGUCCUCGCCGUUGUCAACUGAUCCUAGUCCCCCGAGUAAGUCAUUACUCCGUCGCAGCUCCUUGGAACGAGAGUCUGGAAGGCUAGCUCAAUUCUUCCAAGGCAUCCAGGUUGCCGAAGAAGAGGCAGCAUCUCGCGGAGAAGUCCUUUCGCGCUCUCUCUAGUCCUCGUCGCGCGGUUCGAAUGUUCUAACCGGCUAAAAAACAUCGUGGAAAGGGUCGAGUCGACGUCUUCUUCAGGGCUCUGAGAGCGCUAGCUUGUCUUAAGGUGCGGUUCAAUACUUUUAAACAACUGUGUACCGAUAGAUUGGUCUCUAGCAUGUGGGGCUCUUCGAACACUCAUCGAAUAUUUAUCGUGAGUUUCCUCUUGUCCGUCGUAAAGGGAAAUUUGUAGGAUUUCUUACGAACGAAAAUUAAGAGAAAAGGAAAAAAGAGGAAUUUUAGAUUAAUAUUAGAUUGCUGCCAAGUCAUGGACAUUAUUGCCGCGGAUGAUGAGAUCCGACGUUAACUCUGCAGCGAUUUAACGGUAUAGUGAAUUAGGAAAUUUCUAGGCUUAGAAAGUUCGGAGAAUUACGGAAUAGGGAGUAUUAGGACUCUCGGAUAAGUUUGAAGCUUUGAUCAACGUCUUGUGGUGGAGUAAUAGAUUGGGCACUGACCGCUCUUUAGGAAAAACAGUGCACCUAAAAGGUAAAAAACAGAUGUUUUUAAAUUAGAAAAUAAGUAAAUUAUUUGAAACCCGGGUACAUAAAAUAUUUACUUGAAGAAUAAGUCCCUAAAGAUUAUCUGCCAUGUUAUACACACAUCAUAGGAAUUGAACGUUAUUUUCCAUCCCAUAAAAAAAUUGUAUUUUCGUAAAUUUCAUACCAUUCCCAUUAGAACAAACUUCACGUACCAAGUUGCAAAAGAUUUUCAUAGUUCUCCGCUAACAAUCUAACUUGACAUCUCUGCGCCCUGAUUCUCCCAAAGAGCAAUGCCUAAAAUUUUGCACCACCUUAACAGAGCAUAGAAAAGAUUCGAAUACAUAAAUAGAUUAAUACAAAUGUCACACUUAUCAGAGUAUAUUUACAGGUAGGAAAUUCUUCGGUUUAAUGAAAAGUAUCCCCACAGCGCCGGUUUCUGGGACAUCAGAAAGAUUCACAUCAGCAAUUUAAUAGUACAUCUCUCCCAGACAUUUCCCAUAGGUGUCCCAUGAAUAACGCGUGCUCUGCGAGUAAUAUUUCGAACGGUUAAACGUGGUACAGUAUGUAAAGCGUGUCACAAGUGUCCUUAUCGUAAUCGUUGCAUUCAAACGACACUCCCGAGAAACGAGUCCCGUCCAUUUUAGUGCCUACCGACUCUUUACGUAACGUAUGUACUUAUGUACGCUAAUAUUUAUACGCGUUUUGCGAUGUCUUUUAAACUACAUUCCCGCAAGAGAAGGCGAGAGGAAAGAUCUCUGAAGCAUAAUGUUCACGUCUAUGUACGAUUAAGCGACGUAAACGAGGGAAGCUCGAGUGAGUCAUCGCGAAAGGAGUCUCCACUUCUGCAAAUUCGCGAUGACUCGCGAACCCUCGCGGUCGUCCUGUUAAUUUUGUAUAUACUUAUAGGUCGUAAGUUAUUAAGAUGUUUAACAGAUCUAUCGCUAGGAUUUUAUACAUACGGAUGUAGUAUUUAACACGAACGCGUUAUUUGGUAUGUAAUAUUUACCGUCACGACCAAAGGAAUUUCACGGAUUCGCGUUUGCCUGCGGGCCCGACUGAGAUUGACUCGAGCAAUGAAAAUGAAGUUUAAACGAAGUUUCGAGAGCUUAUGAAAAAUCAGAAGUUGAACAGUGCUGAAAAGAAAAAAAAACAUAUUAUGGUACCCAGAAGCGAUACACGGUUCUGAUGUAAUGACGAAAAUCAAAAUCUUUGGUAUCAUUGGCUUGCCGUUUCGCUUCAGAUGCCAAGUAACUAAUUUUACUAAUUGCCUUGGACAGCAUUUCUUUCAAUGGGUGAUAUUAAUAAUAAGGAAUUGUUCUUUCAAGCCUUAGCAAAGGUUUUGUAGUCAUGCCCGUAACGGUGUAGACACUGCAAAGCGUUUGUUAAUAUUAAGUGACAAAUUGUUUUUAAUUUGUACUAAUUACCAUUGGCGGAAAAUGUAAUGCUAAUAGAUGUUAUAGUGCUGUUUUCA